AUGAGCGACCUCCAUUCGCAGUCUCUGCCGCCUCCCAGCCAUGCUUCCCCCGCCGUAACCUCCGGAGCGCUGUCGUCCCCCCAGAGCGGGAACCGCCCGCCUAUCCUCCCCGAUCUCUCCGGUGAACCCCCAGUGGCCCCGCCACGCACGUCCUCGGCCCAUCGGAACCACGAGAAGGUGCCCGGGUCUCGUCGGAAGAAGAGCAGAGGGGACGAGCGAGGCACCAGCCACCCCGAGAAGAAGGGCGACGAUUCGCGUUCGCGCCGACACGCCGCCCAAGCGCCCGAGGAUUCCUCGCGAGCAACCAGAGGGACGAAUACCCACGACCAAGGUCCGUCGGAGCCCGGGUCCUUGAUGAAGGAGUCGAGCACGGUAAUCAACGCGGUCAUGGUGAGCGAUCCGGCAGUGGACGUCGAGCGUGAACGGGCGCGUGCGUCCGGGAAAUCGACGUCCCCGCCCGCCGAGAGUGGGCCCGCCGCUGGGCUGGCCUUGGUCGGCAGCGACGGGGUGGACGACGGAGGACGCGGCGGACUGCGCAGUCGACACGAUUACACCGAGCACACCGUCAAGCGCAAGGAGACCACCUUCGGCCAAUAUAUCCUGGGACAGACGCUCGGCGAGGGCGAGUUCGGCAAGGUCAAAUUGGGGUGGAAGCGCGAUGGCACCUCCAUCCAGGUGGCCAUCAAGCUCAUCCGGCGGGAGACUCUGGGGUCUAACCCCAGCCGGCUCCCCAAGAUCUACCGCGAGAUUGCGAUCUUGCGGGACCUGGCUCAUCCCAACAUCGUGCGUUUACAUGAGAUGGUCGAGACGGAUCGCCACAUCGGGAUCAUCAUGGAGUAUGCGUCGGGCGGCGAGCUGUUCGACUACAUCCUGAACAAUCGGUACCUCAAAGACAAUUCCGCGCGACGGCUGUUCGCCCAGCUGGUGUCCGGCGUCGGCUAUCUCCACAAGAAGGGCAUCGUCCACCGCGAUCUGAAGCUGGAGAAUCUCCUGCUGGAUCGCAAUCGCAACAUCAUCAUUACGGAUUUCGGCUUUGCGAACACCUUUGACCCGUUCGAUGAGUUGGGCGAUGAGAUCGAGUACAACCUCACCAACAAGGACUACGUCAAGCGGAUGCGCCUGGACAAGAUCAACACGAAGGGCGUGCGCCGGGGGGACCUGAUGCAGACCAGCUGUGGCAGUCCGUGCUACGCCGCACCGGAACUGGUCGUCAGCGAUUCCCUCUACACGGGGCGGAAAGUGGACGUUUGGAGCUGCGGAGUGAUUUUGUAUGCGAUGCUCGCCGGCUAUCUCCCCUUUGACGACGAUCCGGCGAAUCCUGACGGGGAUAACAUCAACCUGCUGUACAAGUACAUCGUCACGACCCCUCUCACCUUCCCCGAAUACGUGACGCCCCAUGCGCGGGAUCUCUUGCGACGGAUCCUCGUCCCGGACCCGCGGAAGCGCGCCGAUCUGUUCGAAGUGGCACGGCACAGCUGGCUGAGCGAAUACUCGCACAUCGUGUCGCAUAUCACGAGCAGCACCACCCAGGUCAGCGACAUUGCGAACACGACGGUUCCCCAGGAGAAACCCCGGGAAGCGCCGUCGCUGGCGCGAAGUGCGUCAGUCAAAGAGCCCCCCAAGAGCCACCAGAGCACGAUUCCCUCGGUGGGAGCCCUGCUGCACCAGUCCGGAGACAUCUCGCAAGACCACUCGAGUGACCGAUCCAAGACCUCCCGCGACACGAAGCGGCGGACGGUCCAGGUGGAAUACGUGGCCCCGCAGUCCCAAACCACACGGGGUGAGGCCCCCACCGACCUCAAGAUCGUCUCUCCUCCACAGGCCGGCCCUGUUGAGGUUGCACCGCCCCGGGUUCGCUCCAACAGUCAAGACGCCGCCCCCAGCCUCCCUUACGGCAUCGUGCCCCAGGACGCCUCGAUGGAGCAGCCCAAACGCAAGGCCCCCGCGGGCGCCAUGCCGAGCCGUCCCCCGGGUGGACACCUGCCGAGAUCCACUUCCGAGUCGACGCCCCUCACCGCGACGGCGACGGGGCCACCCACGUCUCACCCGGCGCGGCCCCCGACCGGCGGAUCGAUGACCUCGUUCAACGGGGGUCGCUUGCCGUCGCGGGGGUCCUACGGGCUACCGGUGGCGCCCACGGUGGCACAGACCAACGCGGAAGGCCGGUUGGCGCAGCCGAAGAGCAAGCAGUACCAGAUCUCGGCCCCGAUCCCGCAAGAUCAGUCGAUCGGCCGCCCCAGCGCCCAGCCGCUUCCACCGCGGUUCAAUGCCACUCCCCAGCAGGAGCCGCCCAAGGGACAUAAGCGGUCCAACACCGUGUCGGGCAUCAGUGAGAAGCUCUUCAUGCGGACUGGGUCCAUUUUUGGUGGCCGUGGGGGACAGAGCAACUCUCGCCAAAAGACCAAACGUCCGCCUCCCACCAGUAUGAGAGAGCCUUACGGGGGCGACGACAGCCGGAUGUCCGUGGACUCGCGCCGGUCGAUGUACGGCCGCAAGACGAGCGAGGCGGGGAGCGAUAGCCGGCCGCGCCGGUUCUCCCUCCUCCCGCCGUCCUUCUCCCUGAAGGGCCUCUCCUCCAGCCGAUCGCAGACCCCCGAUGAGGACCCUCACGCCGAGCAACCGCCGGACCACCGUCUCCAGCAACCCCCCUCGACCGGAGCGAUUCGACCGCGCGCGCGCGCAACAAGCUACGCCACUCCCGACGCCAUGAGCAGCUCUCCCGAGGGCGCCCCGGCGGAUGAGGUAGUGGACCAGGACGAGCCCCUCAACGACCCGUCUCGCAUCGAGCAGCACAUCUCCGAGCUGCACGGGAUGCCGUCCAGCACGUACCAACCAACCUACAACAGCGCGUCCGCCGAGCAAGUCUACCCCAACCACGAGCACGACCACUACUAUCGACACCGGUACGCCAACCAUUCCACGCCGUCUUACUACGACGACUACAACGGUCCUGGUCCGUACUCGGCAACCCCGCGACAGUCCACGCAGACCGGCCGCUCCGGACGUGGGUCGGGCGUGUUACACAAGAACCACCGGAAGUUCGCCGACGCCUACGAGUACGAGCGCGACCUGUCCCACCAGCCGGGCAGUUCGGGUGCGGCCAGGAAAGUCAUGGACUUUUUCCGUCGACGUGCGAAGUCUCGGGUUGGGGACGACCGGUAGUGGUCUUUGUCUGCCUUGGCCUUUCCUCUUCAAUUUGGAAGGUCGACAACGACGGCUUUUGGUUUCUUGGUUUGCCUGUCACAGGACGGCAAAUAUCACCGAGAAGCAGGGUAGAUCCGCCUUCCCGUCUCCAU